AUGCGACCAUUCCGUACCUUCCGACUCCCAAGUCGCGCAACUCUCCCCUCCCAACAGCAGAAUGUGUGCUCGGUCUCCCACUUCAACACAAGCACGAGGACAAUAAGCACAAUACAACGACCAGGUCUGCGCCAACCUCUACUCCCAAGCAAUGGUACCAAAACCACCAUACGAGCAUUCGGCCUUCCCGACCUAUCCUCCUUCCUCCCCAGCAGCAACAAUAACAACAAUAACAACUCCCCACACCGCGUCCUAACCGCCACCCGCACCCUCCCCUACAACCCAGCCCUGUUAUACAAAGUGAUUUCCUCAGUCGAAGCCUACAGCCAAUUCCUCCCCUUCCUCACCGCCUCGACCGUGACAGCGCGAGAUCCGGAAACAGGAUACCCAACCCAAGCGUUCCUGACAGUCGGCUACGGCCCGCUCAGCGAGACGUUCACGUCGCGCGUGAUCUGCGACGUAGAGAAGCUGACUGUGGAGGCUAAGAGCGGCGCCAACUAUGCUAAAGAGGUGCAGGAUGGCCGGGCUGGUAAGAGCUCUUCUUCGUCCGGGCUGAGCGGGUUCUUCCCUGGUGCGAAUGAGGGCCUUUUCGAGUACCUAUCGACGAGAUGGGAGUUGGUGCCCGUUUCACCUGGAGCGCAGGGUGGGCCGUUGACUAAGGUCAAUUUGGAAGUGCGGUUUGAGUUUCGUUCGCAGAUGCAUGCUACGCUUAUGAGUGCUGUUGAGGGGCAGAUGGCUGGGGUUAUGAUUGAGGCUUUUGAGAAGCGGAUAAGGGAGGUUGAGGGUAAAGGACAGUGA